GUACCGUUGGUUUGACGUUUUGUGAUAGUGGCAGAAAGCUGACGUUUUCGUUUCGGUCUUUCGUUGCAAACAUUUUGUGCUUCACUCACUCGCGGCCAGUUUUCCUGGUGAAAUUUUGUGAAAAUUCGCCGAAAAAACUUGCAUUAAGAAGUCGAAAUGAAACCUUUGAUGUUACAAGGGCACGAGCGUGCCAUAACGCAAAUCAAGUACAAUAGGGAGGGCGAUCUGAUCUUUUCCACGGCAAAAGAUCACAAGCCCUCGGUUUGGUUUUCGCUAAACGGAGAACGGCUCGGAACAUUCAAUGGCCACCAGGGAGCCGUUUGGUGUGUCGACGUGGACUGGACUACGACCAGAUUGAUUACCGGCAGUGGCGAUAUGUCUACUAUGUUGUGGGACGUCGAAACGGGCCGUGCCCUCGGAACUAUUCAAUGCAACUCGGCGGCUCGUACGGUGAACUUCAGCUAUUCGGGCAAUCAGGCAUCCUAUUCCACUGACAAGGCUAUGGGUCACAACUGCGAACUGUUCAUCAUCGAUGUUCGAAAUGUAGACUCCAGCAUCAGCAGCCAAAGUCCAGUCCUGAAGCUGACCAUGAAUCAGCAGUCGAAGAUCACCUCGAUGCUGUGGGGAGCGCUAGACGAGACUGUGAUCACUGGUCACGACAACGGCUCGAUCCGAAUCUGGGAUCUGCGUGCUGCAAAGGAACUCAAUUCCGUUAACGACCACACGCACCAGAUCAACGAUAUGCAGCUCUCCUCUGAUGGAACGAUGCUGGUUUCAGCCUCAAAGGACACCACGGCCAAGUUGUUCGAUUCGGAAUCACUGAUGUGCCUGAAGACAUACAAAACGGAACGUCCGGUUAAUUCGGCAGCCAUUAGCCCAAUCCAUGAGCAUGUAGUACUGGGUGGUGGUCAGGAAGCUAUGGAGGUAACAACUACGUCAACCAAGGCCGGUAAGUUUGAUUCCAGAUUCUUCCAUUUGGUGUACGAGGAAGAGUUCGCUCGAGUUAAGGGACAUUUCGGCCCAAUCAACAGUUUGGCUUUCCAUCCGGAUGGCAAAAGUUACGCAACUGGCGGUGAAGAUGGUUUUGUGCGUGUUCAAGUUUUCGAUGCUUCGUACUAUGACUUUGUAUUUGAGUAAACGACACGAGAGAAAGUCUGUCAAAUUGUAGGUAUUUUCUUGUGAUUUGUCAAUCAGUGCAAAGACUGACAAAAAACGAAAGGGACGUGACGAAAAAGUGAGUGGAGGAGAAAUCCUAACAACAUAAGCAUAACUUGAACAUUUGUUUAGGUAAAUAAUAAAUAGGAACAAUGUUCGGGGACGAUUAUCAACAACAGUGGAUGAAUAAAUUAAAGAUGUUGAUAACGUACAGAAAA